AUGUCCCACCAGGAAGCCCGACGCACGAACGAUCUGCGGCCACAAUACCCAGAAAUCGCAGUGGACAACCACCGCGUUCCAAAAGCCACGCAAAACAUUCAAACGACACUCGAAAAACUAACGGCACAACGUCUCACCCAAAUAAACCGCAGCGAUAAUCCACAUCAGCUCACGCGACCAAGGGAACCGACACAUACGUGGGACGAAACAACGCUCAGCAACCGAAUCAAUCAACACAAUCUCACAGGAAACGGAGACAAACUAACUCAAACAGAUCUAGCAUAUAGGCAUACCAAUGGACGUGACGCGAACGAAACAACGUGCCACGCAAAAGGGAGGCAGCCAAACCAAUCAUGUACCUGA